GUAUAUAGUAAAUCGAGUUCGAAGUUUGUCUGAUGUCCGGUUACAACUGCAUUCUUUACGAACAUUUCAAUUGGCGCGUGAUUCGGUAGUGAAAUGUUUGGGUACACAACUCGAUAAGCUGGACGAGAAGUAGCGAUUGGAAGAUAGUGGGAAAGAGAUUCAGUUGCUUUCCUUACAUGUGCGUGAAGCAACAUACUAGCAUAGGUAUAAAAAUAAUCUGCAGAUUAGCAUCAACAAAAAGCAGAGAAAAUGGUGCAAGACGCUAUAGAAAACGGAAUGCCUGGCGAAAGACCGAUAUAUGGUACAUUCAAUAAAUCGGAAACAAUUAUGAAAACGAAAUCUUUCAUCAGAAAAAUAUGGAUUGGCUACUCAUAUAUACCGUCACUAAUUUUAUUGGCGUUGGUGCUUUGGGCCAUUGGAUAUUCCUUAUUUGGAGAUAAAUAUGCAGGAAUUGAAAGCCAAUUAUUCAGUUUAGCUGUCUUGUUUAUAUUAGCUAAAAUUGUGGGAUGUUUGGUGGCUUACCUGAAGAUCCCACCAAUGGUGGGAAUGCUCUUAGUAGGCGUACUUCUACGAAAUGUGGGUUUCCUGCAUAUCACCGGAAAUUAUAGAAAUUUCACAAGCGUAUUAAGGCAAUUAGCUUUGGUGAAUAUAAUGUUACCAGCCGGUUUAGGAAUGGAUCCAAAAGCUCUGAAGAAAUUAAUAGGGAUGAUCCUGAACUUGGCCAUUGUUCCGGUCGCUGUUGAAGUAGUCGCUAUAGCUGUGGCAUCGCACUUUCUAUUGAAUCUACCUUGGUUAUGGGGUGUUUUGCUUGGGCUCCUUUUGGCUGCAGUGUCUCCGGCUGUCAUCAUUCCGUGUCUUUUCCAAUUACAAGAUAUGGGCUACGGUGUUAACAAAGGCGUCCACACCUUGGUUAUCGCAGCAUCAACCUUCAACGAUAUUAUUUGCAUAGCGCUCUUUGGGAUAGUACUUGGCAUAAUAUUCAGCACCGGUACUCUGGUGAUGCAAAUAUUACAAGGACCUAUAGUGCUGGCCAUAGGUUUCGGCUUUGGAAUUGUUUGGGGAUUUGUCUGUCGUUUGGUUCCUAGCAAACAUGAAGAUCAUGUGGUUACACUUAGAACGUUACUCUUAGGAUUAGGUUGCGUCCUGUCUGCAGUAGGAAGCGACGCAAUAGGUUAUGGUGGAGCAGGGGCCUUAGGUUGUAUAGUUGCUGCUUUUGUGGCGAGCCUAGGUUGGCGCAAAGAAGGAUGGGACAAUAACAAUCCGGUCCGAUUAAACUUUAUUCUUCUCUGGAAAUUCUUUGAACCAAUCUCAUUCGGUCUCAUCGGAAUGGAAGUUAACUUCGAAAUCCUCGAAGGUUACACUGUAUUAUACGGUACUAUAGCUAUGACAGCAGCUCUUCUGCUUAGAAUGGUAACUUCAUUUGCUGUGACGCAAUGUAGCAACUUGAAUUUAAAAGAAAAUAUCUUCGUGGCGAUUUCAUGGAUUCCAAAAGCAACUGUACAGGCGGCUUUGGGUCCAGCAGCCUUGGAUAUCGCAUGGAGUUUAGGAGACAAACAAUUGAUCGAAUACUCGAAUGUCGUUAUAAUCGUUGCAGUUAUUUCAAUUAUCAUAACUUCGCCUAUUGGUGCAGUGCUCAUCAUGCAAUUGGGACCGCGGUUUUUACAUAGAACAACUGAAAAUACUGCAACUGAAGUACUGCCGGAAGUGCAAGUAUCACAAAUCGAAAUGGAAACUCAAAAAAGUAAUUAAAUUUUAACGCUCAAUAAUAAGAUAUUUAGUUUAUUAAUUGUACUUAAAUC